CCAGAGAUUAUGCAAGAAGUGUUGAAGCGCAACCCAGCCAAGGAAGUGCAAGACAAGAACAAGGCAUUGCGCAUGGCCCCCUACCGACCACAUCCCCGCGGCAACUUUGGCGGUGGCUGGGGCAGUAGCCGGGGAGGCCCGAGCCAGCGUGGAGGCGGCGAGGGCAGAGCCGGCUAUCAGUCUGCAGGAGGCGCCACUACUGGCAGUGACAGUGAGUCUGGCCGUGGUGGCCGUGGUGGUCGCGGUCGUGGAGGUUUCCGCGGAGAUCGUGGAGGCCGUGGCCGAGGCCGUGGCGGCGAGCGCGGCGGCAAGGCUGAAGGGGCAGCUGGCGGCGACUCUUAGAUGGAACCGACCACGCCUGCUGAUGAUGGCUCCAAGCCCAGUCGUAGCGACAGCCCGAUGUGCAAGACCAACGACUCGGUAAAGCCAGAAAUCAAUGGCUCCAAAGGAGCAACCAAGCAACAUCGCCAACCCUAUUGGAAGCGGUACAAAUCGAACAAGAAGACAGCCGUUGGAGGCAGCAACAAGUGAAGCGGCGUGAACUUAGCUCGCAGACCGUCGCACGAGCCACCAAGCGGGCAACCUCUGUAAAGCUCUUGCUAUUUCUGGAGAAUGGGACGAUGGCGCUGCCGGAACGCAGCAUUGUUGUGCUUUGAUAUACCACCCAGCCUACUUGCAUUUUACUAGCGGGCAAGCGAAGUUAGUUCUCUUUUGUAAAAGUAGUAGGUGCAACAGAGCGCGAAUGGAAGGCAAGGCGGCGAUGGAAAGGUAGAGCUAUGGCACACGCGGCCAUGCUGCGCACUACUGCCAGCGCUCCAGCGAGCGGUCCUGACUGGACGGCAAAACAUGAGAAAGGCCGAUGCGCCCUGCGAGGCAAUUGUGGCAAGCAGGGCUUCUUUGGCAGCGAGCUGCCAUGUCCAGAUAAUGGUCUGGCAGAAGAGCCGGAAGAGAAGCUACGGGAUAAGCUGGUGUCUCUAUGCGGAGACGAAUGGAAAGACACCAAUGUGUGCUGUCGAGAGGAGCAGCUGGAUACCUUGAAGAGCAACCUGGACAAGGCCAACAGCAUACUGUCAUCCUGUGGAGCUUGCAAGAAGAACUUUUAUGAUCUUUUCUGCACCUUCACCUGCUCUCCGGAUCAAUCAGUCUUUGUCAAUGUCACAGACACCGCUGCGAAAGGAGACAAGUUCCUAGUCACCGAAGUGGACCAGCUAAUCAGCGAUAAGUAUGGAGAGGGCUUUUACGACAGUUGCAAGGAGGUGAAAUUCGGAGCUACUGGUGGCAAAGCGAUGGACUUCAUUGGAGGUGGCGCGAAGAACUACACCCAGAUGUUGAAAUACCAGGGCGACAAGAAGCCCUUCCUCGGAAGCCCAUUUCAGAUCAACUUUCCUCGACCAAGCGAAGGCUUUCCUGGAAUGGACACUAUCCUGGAUACUCCCAUACCUUGCAACACCACGGACGAGCAAUACAGAUGUGCAUGCGUAGACUGCCCCGGAUCGUGCCCAGAACUACCAGAAGUGACAUCAACAGAAGAGUGUCACGUUGGUCUGAUGCCUUGUCUAAGCUUCGCUGUCGUCCUUAUCUAUUCGGUGUUUGUGGUUCUGCUGGUCCUUGCCAUCUCUGGUCACGUCGCUGCCGCAAAGCGAAGGAGAAGCAAGAACGAACAACUACAAUUAUUGCAAGAUGAUUCACCGAGUGACGAUGAAGAUGAAGGGGAUAUGGUGCACAGUGCUGGGAUGCUGGACAGACCAACCAAGCAGUACGCCGUCAACACCUACUGCGACCGCAUCUUCAGCCACCUCGGACGCGUCUGCGCACAGUUCCCGGCCAUUACCAUCUCGACAUCUGUUGUUAUUGUUGGACUACUAUGCAUUGGAUGGGCAAGGUUUGAUGUCGAGACCGAUCCAGUCAAGCUAUGGGUUGCUCCAGACUCGAACGCGGCGAUCGAAAAGCAAUUCUUCGAUGAUCACUUUGGCCCAUUCUUCCGCGCCGAGCAGGCUUUCCUCGUCAACGACCAGCACCCUGAAGGAAAUGGCCCAGUUCUAAGCUACAAUACUCUCGCCUGGUGGUUCGACGUUGAACGACGGAUUCGAGUCCAGAAGAGUCUGGGCAGUGGCUACACAUUGAAAGAUGUGUGCUAUAAUCCGACUGGCGAUGCCUGUGUCGUGCAAUCUAUCUCCGGUUGGUUCGCGCAGUCUGCACUUGAUCCUUCCACCUGGGACGAGCAGGUCAAGAAGUGCGCAGGCUCCCCUGGUGAUCCCGAGUGUCUGCCAGAAUUCAAGCUCCCGUUGUCAUCUGAAAGAGUACUUGGAGGCUACAACCGCACGUCGGAGCCUGCUACGAAUGCCUCUGCGCUCAUCACUACCUGGGUCGUACAAAACUUCAAUCCAGGUGAUCCUAACCUUAAAAAGGCGGAGGAAUGGGAAGAAAGCAUGAAGCGUCUUCUCAAGGACCUUCAAGGCGAAGCAAGAGAGCGUGGGCUUCGGCUGAGCUUCAAUACCGAAAUCUCCCUUGAGCAAGAGUUGAACAAGAACACCAAUACCGAUGCCAAGAUUGUCGUCAUCAGCUACAUCGUGAUGUUCAUCUACGCCUCGCUGGCGCUUGGAAGCACGACAGUCACGUUGGGCACCAUUCUCCGGAAUCCUCUCGGAGCUCUAGUCCAAAGCAAGUUCAUGCUAGGCAUUGUGGGCAUCUUGAUCGUUCUGUUGUCUGUAGCUGCAUCCGUUGGACUGUUUGCGGCUGCUGGUGUGAAAGCAACAUUGAUCAUUGCUGAAGUCAUACCUUUCCUGGUAUUGGCUGUCGGCGUUGACAAUAUCUUCCUCAUUGUACAUGAGUUCGAGAGAGUCAACAUCAGUCAUGCCGACGAGACCGUUGCUGACCGUGUUGCAAGAGCGCUGGGGCGGAUGGGGCCCUCCAUUCUGCUUUCAGCAUCAACAGAGACGGUGGCGUUCGCGCUCGGCGCUGCAGUGGGCAUGCCAGCCGUUCGCAACUUUGCUGCAUAUGCUGCAGGUGCAGUGUUCAUCAACGCUGUGCUGCAGGUGACAAUGUUCGUCUCGAUACUGGCCUUGAACCAGCAGAGGGUUGAGGAUGGGCGACUAGACUGCGUUCCUUGCCUGAAGGUUCAGCGCACGCGAGGCAACUAUAUGCCAAAUGGGUAUGGUGGUGCACCUUUCAGCGCCAUCGACGAAGAAGGAUCACUGGAAAGAUUCAUCAGAAAGCAUUAUGCUCCAACCAUCCUCGGCAACAAGACCAGGGUUGCCAUCAUCACAGUGUUCCUUGGGCUGUUUGCUGCAGGAGUCGCACUCCUACCUGAAGUGCCCUUGGGCCUUGAUCAACGCAUUGCAAUUCCUCAGGACAGCUAUCUUAUCGACUAUUUCAACGACCUGGACGCUUACUUUGAGCAAGGUGUUCCAGUCUACUUUGUGGUCAAGGAUCUGAAUGUGACGGCACGGAGCCACCAGCAAGAUCUCUGUGCGCGCUACACGACAUGCAACACUUUCUCGCUUGCCAACAUCCUCGAGCAAGAGCGCAAACGACCCGAGGUCUCCUACAUCAACGAUGCCACCGCUAGCUGGGUCGAUGAUUUCUUCCAAUGGCUGAACCCAGACGCUGGUGAGUGUUGCAUUGAUGGCUCCAAAGCUUGCUUCGCAGACCGGGAGCCACCUUGGAACAACCAACUACGCGGCUUCCCCGAGGGCGAAGAGUUUGUUUCGUAUGCCAAGCGAUGGCUAGUUGCGCCUACUGGGGAAGAAUGCCCUUAUGCCGGCAAGGCUCCAUACAGCGAUGCAGUCGUCAUUGACGAAAAGAAAUUGAAUGUGCCUGCCAGCCACUUCAGGACAGCGCACACGACGCUCAGAAGCCAGGACGACUUCAUCAAUGCCUACGCUUCUGCCAGAAGAAUAGCGAAAGACAUCAGUGAUCGGAACCAGAUAGAUGUCUUCCCUUACAGUAAAUUCUACAUCUUCUUCGACCAGUACGCGUCGAUUGUGCAUUUGUCUACGGCCUUGGUCGGAGCUGCUCUGGCAUUCAUCCUGGUCAUCUCCAGCUUACUCCUUGGCUCGAUCCAAACAGCCAUUGUCGUCACCAUCACUGUCAUCAUGAUCGUGGUCGACAUUGUAGGGACCAUGGCUAUAGCUGGUGUGUCCUUGAAUGCCGUCAGCCUGGUGAACAUCAUUAUUUGCGUCGGCAUUGGCGUGGAGUUCUGCGCCCACAUUGCCCGCGCCUUCACCAUUCCAUCGGCUUCGAUUCUAGAGCGCGCACAGAACAGGUUCCGUGGCAAGGACGCUCGCGCUUGGGCAGCACUGGUGAAUGUAGGCGGUAGCGUCUUCAGUGGCAUAACGAUCACGAAACUCCUGGGCGUAUUCGUGCUAGCAUUCACGCGAAGCAAAAUCUUUGAGAUAUACUAUUUCAGGGUUUGGCUGGCACUCGUGCUCUGGGCAGCAUUGCAUGCCUUGGUGUUCUUGCCUGUGGCCCUGAGUUUGUUUGGUGGCAGAGGCUACAUCGACCCUGAAAGCGAUGGUGGGCUGGAGCAAGAUCUCGCUUCCAGACGGUACCGUGCUCUAUUACCCGACGAGGAAUAUGAUAGCGAAGACUAUUAGUACGGGGACAUGAUUCGAGGCAUUUCCCCAAAGAGAACAAUCUACGAUAUAGAAGACAUUGUUGCAAACAUUAUUGAUGAUGAUGACGACCAGCAAAGCGUAACUCACGCAUCAUUAACAGAGAGUCGAGCCUUCGCAUAUGACGGUGGCGCUGCGAGUUCUUGCUAGGCAUCCUGGCUUGGAUGACAUGAGCUCGCCGGUUCCUCGACGACAGAGCGCGCUGUAUAUUUAGCACAGUUUGGGAUGGCGUGUCCUCCUUGUAUCCAUGUGUGGUUGCAACCGGGGUGGUCAAAGCGGGAAAAUGACUUCUGAUGCUGACAGGCGAGCCGCGAGAGGGGUUCAUACUCGUCUCGUGGGCAAGAGCGAGGCGAGGCGAGGCGAAAAUCGCUUGCAAUCGACGCGUGAGAUUUUGAAAAUAAUGCAGGCCUGACGAGCAGUGUUUCAUCCACUGCCGCUCAUGACAGCUCG